AUGUUGUUCUUCGCCUGGUCGUUGGUCUCGUCGGCUGUUCAGUACGCCAGAAGACGACGAUUGUACAACUUCCUCAAGUUGUACUUGUCGACCCCCGAGGGACAAGAACAAUGCCUGAUAUGUAGAUCGAGGAAGGCAUAUCUACGAAACCUUCUGUGCAAACCGUAUCGGUACGGUGAGAUCAGGAAGGCUCCAAGUGAACCAAUCCUAAAUGGGUUGCGCAACAAUGACAACGUCAUUUACCAUGCUGACGACGUGGAGCUCAUUGCUGUAGAUCAUAUUGUAAGUAUCUGAUUUGAAGUUGAGUAUUUUUAGAAGUUCCGCAUCAAUGAUUGGAUUCCGUCGUUUGUCAAUGAACAACAUAUCGUUAUUAUGCCCGAUGAUGUACGAGUAACAUUCAUAGUAAAAAUAAAAUCAGAAGAUGUUCCAUCUACAAGCAAAAGCGACUACAUCAAACUGGCUACUUCAGGGGUGGCACAAAACAAUACUACUAGUACAUAUCAAGUGAGGAUCUAGUCAUUGUAUACCUUUUAUGUUAUAUUUAGUGUAUGAUACGUCCUAGACGUCCGGGUAUGCAGUAUAACUUAAUCUUUUACUUUUCAGAUCGAUCAAUUUGCAAAUAGAAUAGCGAGGAAGAAGGAUGACUAUGAGCAAAUUCUGUACGAAGCCAACAUAGAUAACUUCUGUCUGAUUGUAAUUUACUGGACCGAAGGUAUCUUAAGUGCCUUGAACGGGAGCUGGAGAGUAUAUGAAAUAUGUUGUAAGUAAUUUUACGUUUCUUCAAAAAACAACUUUUUUACCUUUAUGUGAUUUGUCAUUACAUAGUAAUUUUAAAAAUUGAAAAAAGAGAAAAAGUAUACAUUAUGUUAUAACACUAACAACCAUUACUUUCAGCCAUACAACUGCCAGACCUCCGAGACUUAUUCAAUGAACCCGAUAAGAUUUCCCGAGCUGAUUCCAGGUCCUCGUUAUCAGUUUAUCCGUCCUUUAGGUCUUUAAAUGCAUGUAGAAACACUCCACCUCAGCGAACAUACGACACCCACUCUCGACCCUACACUCUACUAGAAUGGUUAUACCAAAAAGAACAUGGUAUAGAGAGCAACUACCCGUACCCAAAUGAUAGACGAUCCAAACUGUCAAACAGGUUACCGUAUGCCAGUGACACUGCCCUGAAUCUCAACUUUGAGCGGUAAGUCCAGUAUAAUAUUGCUGUAAUUAGCGACAUAGUAUAAUUGGCACUGAACCUCUAUUUCCUAACGUAAAAAGGAUAAUGUUGUUGUAGUUGAACAACAUAAAUAGUUUAAUUUUGUUGAACUAAAAACAGCACGUUACGCAACAUGUAGUUUAUGAUAUUAUGUUGUUUACCUCACAAAACAACUUGAUUCAAUUGUCAUCAUGACAGAAUAUAAGUUUCUACCAUAGUUUCCUAACCUUGGUGAUCGAUGUUUAACAUCUUUUGUAAACACAUUACUCUGUAAAUUAAUUACCAAACAGGUGAUGUCCAUAUUACUUUAGAAACAGUUAAAUAUAAUAGUAAAUUCCAGACCAAGCUCAUUUCUUUUUUACUUCAGUAGGUUGCGUGUGAAGACUUUUACUGCCAAAAUGAGUCCUCCAGACAACGUCUAGAUAAUCAUUCUCUUUUAGGCAAUAUAAAGUUUGAGGACCGGCCGUCUACUUGGGGAGGGCCAACCUGAUUAAAGAAACAAAAUAAAAUUAACGCGUUCUUGACAUGCCCCUCUUUUCAGCCCUACUCGAUUUUCGUCGGCCGCUCCUAGUUCUUCAUCUACUUGGAACCGCUCCCAAGCGCUAUCACACCGCUACAGAAGUCUUUCACCGUCCACGGUCUACUCCAAGUCACAGGCCUCCUCCUACCCCAACUACCACACCUACAGUAACACAACAUCAUACAAGGACAGCUACCGAGAGUACUGCAACAACACAACUUCAUGCAAGGACAGCUACCGCGACUACUGUAACAACGAUCAGACAGUGCCAGUCUAUUUCAAAAACCUGCGGAGUAGAUGUUUGAGCCAGAGAUCCUCAACAAAGACUAAUAAUAAGUGAGUGUAUAACGACAAAACAAAGUCAUUUGUCUUAUUUUGCAGUUCGCACACAGAGAAUCCCUCCAGAUCCUCCACUAUUGCCGACUUUGAGGAAGCUGAACUCAAGACCGAGCCGUGAGUUUUAUCUGAUUUAAUUAAACCUAUUUGGCCGUCUCUUACCCAUGCCCCUUAACCAUGACUAUUUAUGGCAUUUUUGACGUGAAAAGGCGUGUCAAAAAUAGCCGGAAUCAACUCGCGAUUUGUGCCAAAUCAGCCAUGCUAAUCCCAUUACCAUGUUUUGCGGAAAUGUCUGACAUGGUAUGGUUGUUUGUGGCUAAGGAUGUAAAUAAUAUUAUAUCCCGCAACAUUACUUAUUCAUUAAGGGUAGCCAUUUAUUCACAUCAUUCUCGAGGCCCAUUUAAGGUCAGAGAGUCUGAAAUCCUCUUAUUCCUCAAGUUCAGCCUUUAUUGCAGUCUGAAAAUAUUGUAGUAGGUUGAGAGACGUCAAUAUUAAUAUUAUGGUAGGCUAAGCAAAUGCUAGUAUUUAAAUAUCAAAAGUGUUUAUAUAGGCUUACCUAAAAUAACCCAAAAGCUAAAACAACGUUUGUCCCAAAAUAUUAUAGUAGGUCAACGAAACGUUAAAGUACGUUAAUGUAACGCGAUAACAACAUUCCAGUCUAGCCCGUCUCAGUUUACGUAUCCUUAAAUAGCAUUAUCCGAAUACAUUUACUUUCCAGGGUUGUUUCACACCAAACUUGCCCAGAAGAUAAGGAAUAUAAUACUGAAAGUGCCCGAGAUAGGGUUACUCCGCUCGUCUCCCAACUUCAGCAAGAACUUAAGAAUAAACCUCGACCCACUAAAGCUGAUCUACUUCAACGUCUACAUUCGGAUCUCCCCAACAGGAUGGAAUCGGCCAUGUUGACAAUCGAGGUAAGUCAAGAGUUAAAUUUAUUUUAUGUAGUCCAAAAAAUAGAUAACUGUGACACAUUUUUUGUAAAAUCUAUAAAAUCUGUUGUCUCGACAUAAUUAUUAUUAUUGUCACUCCGACGUAUUUUCUGUGAUCUAUGACAUUUUCUGUAAAUAUAGAAAAACUGUCAUGUUGAUUUAAUUUUUGUAAAGUACGACAAACUUCUAUAAAAUUUAUAAAAUAUAUCAUUAUGAUACGUUAUUAGAAAAAAAAUGCGUCAUCCUGACACCUUUUUUAGAAAACAAUGAAAUUGUUUUUGUACAAAAAACUGUUUUUCAUAGAAACUAUCGGUUUUAUUUGUAUAAACUACAUGAAGAACUCAAUCACGUGAGAUAAUAACCUAUAUGACAUGAUUGUCGUCAGUUUUAUUCGUAAGAUUCUACAGUUCUCUUCAGAAAAGCUGCCGUUUGGAAGGUAAACGUCCUCCAAACUUCUUUUUUCGAACAAUUCUCUUCCUUUUUUAUAUUUUCUUAUCCGUCCCCUAAUCAAUUUUUGCCGUCAAAGCCAACUUUGGUGGUGUAGAGCACUUAAUUCGAGAAAGGAGGCCCAAAUUAAUGAUCAACAGGGUGUUUCGUCUUCUGUUUCAGGUGGAUUUGACUGCUUAAUAUCCUAAUUGUUUUAGAACGGCACUCAGCGAAAACGAUUUAAUAGUUUAACUCCAUUUUCUCUCGGGUCAAACGUCGAGUGGGGACACGAUCUGGUCCAACACAAUUCAGGUAGGCUUUUGGUUUACGUGGCUUUCUAGGUUUUAUGUGAUUAGGCAAGGCAUUAUAAUGCAACUUUUGUUUUAAAUCUUGGUCAUAAUGAUCCUGGCUGUCAUUGGCAAUCUAUAAGAAUAUUUUUUUGCUGUUACCUAUAUAAAAUAACAGUACAUUAUCUUAUCUAUAAAGCGCUAUGGUACAUUGUGCUACUUGUUCAGAUAGUCGUCGCAGAUCUCUGAGUCCUCUAUCACUGUCACUGUUGGCUAACUACGGGUCUCAUGAACAGAUUGGACUGGUUAAUACUCAUAAUGUUCCACUAACUACUGACUUUGUAUUUCGACGUCGAAGAUCUACAGCGAGCUCACGAAGAAGGUUUCACAGCAUGGCAUCAGGUCCUGGAGAUGAAAAUUUGAAAAAGAUGAAUGUCAAGCCACCAACGGUAAGAUUGAUAAUCUUACUAAACAAAAAUAGUUGUAGAUAUUUGUUAUUUAUAGUAAUAUUCAUAAAUACUUUAUUGUAAAAUAUUAUAUGUGUUUAGGUAUUAAUUUACAUUGGAGACAAGCCCGAGUUAUACGCAAAGAUGGUGGCGGCUUUGAAGAACAUUUUGCCGUCUGACAUGUACACCUUGACUCAUCUCAGCACCAAAGGCCUCAAGUACCAUCCUUGGAUAGACGAGAACGCUGCUUGUUUACUGAUUGGAGAUACCAAGUUGCUAGACGAUGUCAGUUGGUCUAGACUACAGAACUACUUCAUUCAUUCAGGAAAGAUUUUGUUUGUUUGCCAAAAUAGUUUAUGUGCAUCACUUACCCAUUGUGACUCUGUAAAGAAGCAGACGUCUAUGUUAAAGAGUGCUUUUGGCAGUAAAAAUGCGAUGAACGCCUUAGGGAAAGAGUUCGAACAGUUUAUGAAGAGGACAGUUAAAUUGAUGAGCAAGAAGAAGGAGAUUAACGAGACGUUCCAUGCCAAAGAUCCUGUUGGUGGGUACAAGUACUCUGUUGUACUGAACUUGAAGAAAGGUAGGCUUAAUUUUUAAAAAAUAUGGUUAUACUUAAAAAUUUAUAUUGAAUUUUGAAAUUACAAUUUAUUUUUACAGACCAACCUCUACUGUUGUAUAUGGAGAACUCUGAACAUCAAGCAAGUGCUCUCUUCUCAGAUGCCACAACUGAAUUAUUGUUAUCGGAAGCUGGACGUCCACUGAUAUCGGAAGCCAUGUCUAGAUUAGGUAUUCAGAUCGAGAGUGACUUACUCCAAGUUGCUCCAAAACGAUCUUACCUAAUCUGUCAAGAAGAUAAGGUUUUGUUUGACACAAAGUUGAAGUACGGAGUAGAGCUGGGUUCUCAUCCUAAAAUGAUCUUCAGGCCAACUGCAUACCUGGAAAGCGAGGAUCUACCUUCACCGUCGUUUGAAAUGAUGCCAGUUGAAGUGAGGAGAAGGAAAAGUGGUCUACCGAGUGAAGAGUUUGAUAGUGAAAGGUACUUUAAUCAACUGAAAACUAAAUAUUUGGGAAGGAUAAUGUUGUACGCUCCUGUUUGUGAAAGCACCAUAGCUGUUUCAAAGAGGUAAGAAGGGUUUUGGUAAUAUAAUUGACUUGCUAAUAUCCUUUUUUUCAAGAUUUUUUGAUCUUAUAAUAAUUUUUUAAAACUUGAAAUUAGGUAAACACUUUGCGUUUUCAGUGUGAGCUCGUUUACCGAAAAUGAUGGAAUACUAGUAAUCGCUGGUCAACAAACUAAUGGUGUUGGCCGAGGUGGAAACCAAUGGCUAAGUCCGAAAGGAUGUGCUAUGUUCACCUUCGACUUUGAUAUUCCACUGGAUUCAGAAUUAGGCAGAAAUAUUGUUUUUGUUCAACACAUUCUGGCAGUUUCAAUUGUCGAAUCGGUAUUGGAAUUGGUGGAUGUACUCGACUUUCCUUUGAAAAUCAAAUGGCCUAAUGACAUUUACUACAUGAGGUCGUACAAGAUGGGUGGAGUGCUGAUCGGAGGUUCUACUCAAGGUGGAUUCAUGAAAGCUUUCGUUGGUAAGGCAUUUAUUUUUGUUGAGGUUGACUAUUAUAUGUCAUUUGUUUACUAUACGUAUAAUUAUUCUAUUUGAAGUUGGAUAACAAUAAUUUUGUUCAUUUUAGCUGCGGGUAUAAACGUGGCCAACUCUCAGCCGACUGUCUGUAUCAACGACAUGUUACCAGUGGAUUCAAGGACGGUAUUAACGGUGGAAGAAGUGUUGGCUAUGAUCAUGAACAAGUUCGAAUACUUUGCCGAUCUUUUUGUUAGAAAAGGAAAGCGAGAGUUUUUGGCUAUCUAUCACAAGCACUGGUUACACACUCGAGAAGAAGUGACAAUCAUCCACGAGGAGGACGGCCAGAAGGAUAAGGUCGUGAUCAGAGGACUAGACGAAAAUGGAUAUAUGGAGGUUCGUUCAAAGCAUUCCGGCAAAGUCUUUAGCGUCUUUGACGAUGGCAACACUUUCGACAUGAUGAAAGGUCUCAUUCACCCGAAAGGGAAGUAA